GUGGCGGAUGCAGACAAAAAAGUGAACAAAAAGGUUGGCCGUCGUGCCAGCCUCAAUGUUCUCAUACGCUUAUAAAUCAGUCCGACCAUGGAUAUUGGAGGAGAUAGGAAAGCUUCUUGUUGGCUGUGCUCCAGAUUCACAGCCAUAGAUUCUUCCUCACAGAUAUAUAUCAUAUUGUAUUUGAGAGAAUCAUUUCUGGGAUUCCAAAAGGAGAGCCGAAAGAUGUUGGAAGGAAAAGCUCGGAUUAAGGAAACAGACAUGCCAGAGAAGAUGCAGAUUCAAGCCAUGGCUUGUGCUUCUCAGGCCCUAGAUCUCCACGAUGUGAUUGAUUGCAUCUCAAUUGCUGCUCAUGUCAAGAGGGAGUUUGAUAAGAUGUAUGGGAGUGGAUGGCAAUGUGUCGUGGGUUCAAAUUUUGGCUGUUUCUUCACUCAUACACCCGGGACUUUCAUGUAUUUUGCUCUGGAGACCCUCAAUUUCCUUCUCUUCAAGGGAGCCUCUUCCUAAAAUUUAUACAUACAUACAUAAUAAUAUAUGUAUGU